CGUCGCCCGGUCGCCGCUCGCUCGUCACGAAAUCAUUUAACACGCGGGCGCGCAAUAAUUUCCGUUCGUUUCUCGUCGGCCCCCGGCCCGCGGCGUCGCCACCGCCGUUGGUCCGAACCGCAGUUUGUUUGGACCGCGACGCGAGUCGUUCCAGAAAUAAACACUCGCACUCUCGUCGCGUACCCACACCUGCACACGCGCGCACGCACCCGCGGAACGUUCGGUCAUCAAAAACACGGUCGUCGUCCCAAAUCGCCGCCGACGCUCGUUCGUCCGACCUAACACCACGUAUCGGUUGUACCGUCGCGCGCCCGUGUUUGCGCCUCGUGACUAAUAACGCGAACAAUAAGUGGGCAAAAGAAUUCGUGGUUUUUUUUUUUUUUUUCUCUCACUCGCCGUUUCCGCGCCCGUAAAAAACACCUAGGUGUGUCGGCACAAUAACAACGUCGUCGUGAACGCGAUAAUUUCAACCGCCGACGAGCCGUCGGAGACCGUCGUGACACCCGUAGCUACCCGCUAUACGACAGCUAUGCGUGAUACCGGACUUUUGUAUAAUGCAAGAUGUACGUAUGUCGGCCAACGUCGAUAUUGUUACCUAUAUUCUGGUAUAUACGGAUACCUGAUAAUACUAGUACUUUCUGACGUGUAUUGUCGGCAGUCGUGUGUCUGUUCGACUCUUUGAUAUUGUAUUGUACAUUUUUCGGUUAUGCGUUUCAGAAGAACCCGAAAGAACUGACCGAUUAUCACCAUCAUUAUGAAGCGACCGAAACGGUGAGGAACGUUUUGGAAAAGCGGAUGGUCACUGCCGACCUGUUCCAACAGACGUUUUUGUCCACCGUUCUUUCGGCACUGGACAACCACACCGGUAGCAAUCAAUGUACGUCGAAGUUUCUAUUACUUUGCAUACAAUAAUCAUUAACAUUCACGUAAUAAUAUAUUCCUCCUUUAUUAUGAUAGGCGUAAUCAAUUCUUGGUUGGAUACCUUGUUAGAUUUCAUUGAAUUAUUGCCCGUUGAUUGUUUGCAACGAGAGGUAACAUACUACGCAAAUAGGUAUGUUGUUUUUUUUUUUUAUAAAUCUAUUAAGUUAUUAUUUUUUUUUGUAGAUUUUACCGUUUGCCAUUGAAACAAGUGAUCUUUCAAAGCCAGAAUCGUCACGUUUAAUUAGUUGCAAGAUUUUUGGAUCUCUUGCUUCAAAAUUAAAUGCAUACACGUUAGUAAUUAUAUUUUAACUACACAUAAUAUUAUUAAAAAAUAUAUAAGAAAUACAAAAUAUAAUCAUAACGAAGAAAAUACUUGAGGAACUUAAGGUGCUACUUACCCAGGAUAAGUUUUUUCAUCAUAUAUUAUAAUUUGUGUUUCUUGUAUACAUGUUAUAUUUAUCUGGUUGUUAUUUUAUCUACUACUACCAGAAUCAUUCCUCUCAUUAUAAGUUAUGUGUAAUUUGUAUUUAUUUAUUUUAUAUAUAGCAUAAAACGUGAAAUAUGGCCAUGUAUUUUAUCACUGUGUCAAGACGAAAGUGUCUUAGUCAGAAAAACAGUUUGCAAAGAAUUAAGUAAAGUGAGUGCAUUUCUUAAAGACAACGGCAAUAACCCGAAGGACUGUAUCCUGCUGCCAGCAAUUGUGGAUUUAGCUAAUAAUGCUGAUUAUAGUGUCAAAGUUGCUCUACUCGAUGUCAUCGUAGAUAUUAUACCUUGCUUUCCCAAAGAAACAAUCGUGACAGUAUUAGUGCCAACGGUUAAAAAACUAAUUGACACAGAUCUCAACAGAAGCAGUUUAUUAGUGAUGGCCAUUUCCAAGAAUUUUGGUACCAUUUGUAAAACUCUUAAAGGUUAGACAUUAAUUUGAUUAUAUUUUUAAUGAUUACAAUUCAAAAUACUUUUAAAACAUACCACAGCAUAUUAGUCCAGUGUGUGUGAUCUAAAAUAAUACUGAAUAAUCACUAAACAACAGUUUAUUUUAAAAUUCAGGAAUUUUGAUAUAAUAUAUUACAAUUCAUAGAUUAUACAAAUAGGUAAUACUGAUGAAUCUGAACUUGAUCUACAUGAAUGAUUUACAAAAAUAAAUUAUCACUAUAAGAUUUGCUAAUAUGUACAAUGUACAUCAGAAUAAAUUACAUUUUGGAAUUGUAAAUAAAUUACUCUAUAUUUUUUUUUUUAUGGUGUAGUCUUGAUUUGGUAUGUAAAAAUGUCUUUUAGUUUAUUUAAUUUUGUAUUAUUUUCUUGACAUUUGAAAAGCAUAUUUUCAGGUGAGGUAAUUUUAAAAAACUAUUGCUCUUGACACAAACACAGUUUAGCUCUCAGCAAUUCAUGGAAUUUUUUUUUUUCUAAAAUGUGUGUGUGUGUGUGUGGAAGAAUAUAGUUUAUUUAAAACUGUUUUAUUUUAUUUUUUUGAUUAUUUAGACCAAAAUAAUUUUAUAAANUGGGGGGGGGGGAGAGCUGAGAGGCAUGGUGAAAUAAAUACAGCGGUUAUAACGUCAAAUUAUUGUUAUAAAUAACAAAAUAUUUAAUAAAGUUUUAAAAUUGACUGUUUUUCUAUUUGAAUUCAUAGAAUAAUCAUGACAUCUCCAUGCAUUUCCAUCAAUGCGAUUAACUUUCAAACAUAACUUAAUAAUUUAAGAGGAAGUCGUUGAACACAUUUUAAUGUAUUAUGUUUGACAAUUAGCGUCCAAACAUUUUGGAAAAAAAUCGCCUGGGAGCUAAACUGCAUUUGUUCCUUGCUUUCAUUAGGUGUUUAUAAAUAAAACACACACGCUCAUUCAAAAACUUUACUCUUUAGAUAUCUGUAUGAGUAUUAAAUAAAAUUUAAUAAUAUGAUUUUAUGAACUUAUGGAGUUAUUAAAUAUUCAAAGUAUAGUUAAUAAAUUAGAUAACUAUUUUACUUAUUAGGACUUAUGUAAGUACUUUAUACUUAAAUAUUUAAUAAUUCUAUAACUUCAUAAAAUAUUAAUCAAGAAUAGAAUUGACUAUAAUUAUAUAAUAAUUGUAUAACAAUAAUAGUCAGUGUAGAGACCCGAAGUAAUCACAGAAUAAAAGUUAAAAGUUAAACUUUUUGGUGAAAAUCAUUAAAAUCAAGUCAUUUGAAAACGUAUUUAAACUUUACUCAGAAUCAUAUGUCACCAGCAUUUGUCAUUACAUAUAGAUAUAAAUUAAUUUACUUUUUGUAUUCUACUUUACUAAUUGUUUAAAAUCUGUGUGCCAUUUUAUACAUUAUUUAAAUGUUUUUAAGUCAUGAACAACUGGGUUCUAAUUAUUUGCCCUAUAGAAAAUUAAAAUACUAUUUUUAUUUUUAGUUUUUAAAACAAUAUAAUAUUUUACCUAUUAUUAAAAUUAUUUAUUUUCACCUAUAUAAGGGUAUCUAAUUCUUGUCAAAAUAUUUCUUUUUUAGUUUCUAGUAUUUUAAUUUGAGUGUUAACUAUUAAAUACUUUUAUUUUUUGAGUAACCUUAUUCUUAUCAGUAAAAUAUAAUUGUAUAUUAUUGAUUUUAUGAUUUUCAGAUUAUUUAAACUUGGAUGAUGUGUCUUGGUUUGUCAAUAAGUAUAUUGAUUUACUGAAUGUUGAUUGUAAAACUGAGUGUAUAUGCAAUGUAAGUAUACAUUGGUUAUAAUUUAUUCCCAGUAAUUUAUCCAAAUUUUAAACAUUUUAAACAUUUUAUUAUACAGUCAAAAAAUUAAUCAGGCAUUUAACUAAAUAUAUAUUAUGAAUAUUAUUUGUUUGACAAAAAAUUACAAAAAUUGGAUACUUUGUUAAACAUUAUGUCCAUUUGAAAUUAUAUUUUCAUAUUUAUUAUUAUUCUUAUUUAAGUACAAAUUUAAUAUAAAGAUAAUGUUUAAUAUGUAAAACAUUUAUAAUUUUGUAUAGUUAAUCAUCAAAUGCUAUAAAAUAUACACGUAUAGAUAAUUGCAAUUGGGAAGGGUAGUAUGAGUAUAAAACAAUUAUUAAAUAAGUUAUUUAAUAAUUUGAGUACAGCUCAAAAAAAAUUGGUGAUACAGGUUUAAUGUUUAAAAACUUAAAUAUUCUUUAAAGUACACAUUAUAAAUAAUUGUAAUUAGGGUACCCAGUACAAGUAUACAACAUUAAUAAAACAAUUAUGUACUAUUUAGUAAUAUUACUAAAAUUUACCUGUUAUUGCUUAGUGGCAUUUGUUGCAACAUUUGUCAUUUUUUUUGUGUAAGUAUAUAAGUAACAAUAACUACUGUACUCGUAUUAAAAUAUUAGUUCAAUUUAAAGAAAAAUAAAUAUUCAAUGAAAUCAACAACUAUAAUAUCACUCAUAUUUGUAAUUUUUCCGGUGUUCAAUAAAGAAGAGUGUUUUACAAUAAAACCUAUGUGUGUUUUCUUUCUAUGUUACUGGAUUAAGAGUAUCUAUUGUAAAUGCAAAGAUGAAAAAAUAUAAAAUAUAAAAUAAAUAUGAAAAUGUAUUUUCAAGUAUCAUAAUUUAUAAAAUGUCUUUGUUUUGUAUUAUUUUCCUAACCUGUAAUAGGAAGUUAUUAAAACAUCUAGAUAUUCCGCUAAAUGCCUGAUUUGACUAUAUGACUAUAAUAUGUUAUAUAAUUUAUAAUAUACAUGUAAAACAAAGUCUAUUUAUUAUAUAAUGCAAGUAUAAAGAAAUGAUAUUUUGUUUAUAAAUAAUAAAUUAGAACUCUAAACAAAUAAUCACAUCACAAUUGAAAAUUAUUUGUUAAUUUUAAAUUAAUCUGAUCUUUACACUCAUAAAUAUUUACAGGGUAAUUCUAUUUGUGAAAAACCAUUUUUGACUAUUCGGACAUUUUGUGCUAAUAAUUUAAUAGAUGUUAGUUAUUUAUUAAGUACACCAGAUAAAGAAAUAACAACUUUACUAUAUUAUUUGAUCAAUCAUUUAGUUGAUUUGGUCAGUGAAGAUUAUGUGGAGAUAAGAAUAGCUUUGGUUGGUGUUAUCAAAAAUGUGAGUAUUUCAUGUAAUUCAAAAAAGUUACUAGUUGUUUUAUCAAAACUAAAACUAAACAUACAAAUUAUUAAUUAGAGCUGUAAUUUAUUAAAAAUUGUAUUAGGUUUUAGAAUGUGUAAAUAAGAAAAUUGGAUUGAUUUCCUCGGUGGUGCUGAAAAUGUUGUCUGAGAGGGAUAUUAGAGUUUUAAAAGUUAUGAUACCCAAUUUGAGUUUUAUAAUAACAAAAAUAGUAAGUCAAUAUUGUCAAAAACUGUAACAGAACAUUAAUUUGAUUUUUUAAUUUUUAAAGAAAUAUCAAGAAGAAGUAUUAAAAUCACUGAUGUGCUUGGAAGAAUAUUUGUAUGCCCAGUAUAACUGGAGGUUGUAUGUCGAAUUUUUGCACCAGUUAAUGGUUUUACCUACAUGCUACACAUCUGACCAAGUGUUUCUUAUUGGUAGAGUAAUGCUUAAUAGAUUGGAAUAUGUUGUAAGUAUAUAUUUUAUUUUUAUAUAGAAUUUAGUAUUAUUUCAAUACAAAUUAAAUUCUGAUCUUUUCCAGAGACAAAAGCCUAUUAAAGAAGCUGUUUGCACAUUGUUGUUAACAAUUUUACGUUACAAUUUAGAUGCUAAUCAAAGAGCCUUACUCCGUGAAUCUCUCAUUACCCGUAAUUAUAUCAAUAACAUUAUUAAAAAAUGUAUUUUCUAGUUGAAUUGGGUGUGUUAGUAUAUUAUCUAACUUUAUAUUAGUUUUUUCUUGAAAAAUAAAUAUUAAAAAUUAUUUGAAAAUGUUAUAUUUAUUUAUUUUAUUUAUUCUGUUUUUUUAAUUCUAUUUUGUUACAUUUUUAAAUUAAGCAUACAUAGUUAUUGGAUAUUUUAUAUUCAUUACAAUAUCUUUUGAAUUGUUUACAAUAAUUUGAAACUUUUGUAAACUGAUUGAUUUACAAUUAAUUUACAUUGAUUACAAAUUUGAAUUAUUCUUUAAAGAUUAAAAAUUAAAAUUAAAUAAAUUAGUAACUCAAUUUUAAUUGGUUUUUUAAAUUUAAAUACAAUUAUUAAUAGGUAUAAUUUAAGGCAUUUAUCAGAUAUUUAUUUUUUGCCAACAUUUACUUAAUUUAUAUUUUAAUAUUUGUUUUAUUUUAUAUUUCAUUUUUAGGUAUAGUACAAAAUCCAAAUUUUUACAAAAGAAUAUUCUACGUAUUUAUAUGUCAAGAGGCUCUAAAUAUUUUUUCAACAGCAUAUUUUAAAAAACAUUUUUUCUUAGUUCUGCUUACUUUAGCAGGUAUUUAAUACAUUAUUUUAUGUAACAUUACACUUAGUUAUAAAUAAUUUAAAAUAAUUAAAUAGUAUUGUUAAUUUAAUUUCUUUUGUCUUGAUAAUACAAUUUGAUUUUUUUUUUUUCAUUUAGAUGAUAAGAUAGCAAAUGUCAGAUAUAGCUUAUGCAAUAUCAUGUCCAAGUUAGUAAAUUUAUUUGAAAUUUCAGCUGAAAAAAAUUUAGUUGAUAAAUUAAUUGACACUAUAAACAAGCUUUUAUUUGACGAAGAUCGCACUGUCCAAGAACAACGUCUACUUUUAGAAAACUGUAAGACUUCUAUUCAUAUUUUAAUUCAGGUAAUUAUAUUUAAUUGUAUACUUACAUUGAAUUGAUAAAAUCUAUAAUAUUAAUAAAUUGUUAUUUAAAUGGAAACAAAUAGUGUACAACUUGUCAUGAGUUUUAUUUUUAUAAAUUAAUUUAUUUUAAUAAAUUGAUGGACAUUUGUAACAUAAUUUUUACUGUUAUAUUAGUAGUGCUAUACCUACAUCCAAAAUCUAUGUAAAUUGUCAGUGAGGACCGUUGUAAUGUGGCAGCCCAAUGUCUUUUAUUAUUUGAUACCAUUGAAAAGAUUACUGCUUUAACAAUAUUGACUUGAUAUGAUAUUUUGCAUAUUACUGCUAUAGCUGUAAUAUCCAUCAAUGUGUUAAUGUAACUCAUUUUAUUUUACUGAUCUCAAUUUGUUGUGCUAUACUCAAAAUCUGUAAUGGCGAAAUUAUUCUAUGUGGUCUGCAGAAGUGUUUUAUUUUUUUAGUUUUACGAUAUUGAGUGUUUUUUUUUAAUCUGUGAACAAGUUUUCAACCACUUUAAAUUUUCACUUGUUCCAUCAAUUUGAGAUGAUUUGUCUAUUAGCAAUUUAUAUCUAUAAUUCUAAUAAUGGGAGAAACAAAAUAAAAAAAAAUAGAAAUGUUAACUCAGCAACGAUUUAUGUUGCAAUCAAUUAUGUUGUGAUUCAGUAGAAAAUAAUCACAGAAACCUAUAUAUUUUAUUGAAUGCCUUUAAUCAAAUAUACUAGACAUGGUAUAUUAUUCAAAAUAUUUGGCAUUUUUUUUAGUUUUAUUAAACAUUUGAUUAGACUAUUUUAAGUUGUUCUUUCUUUUAUUCGAAUGCAAUUUUUUUUUGCUUUGUGAUACAAAAGAAGAAAAAUUGUGAUAUUAAAUCAGCUUUUGAAUAUUGUAUCUGAUUAAAAUGCAUCAUAAAUUCAUAAAAAAAACAUUAAAUAUGUAUUUGAAAGAAUUUCAAUGGUUGUGAGUUUUUAAAGUUUGAAAUUAUUGACUCAUUGAAUUUAUAAUUAUUUUUUAUUACUUUUUGUAGGGUAAACAGAAUGUGUCAGAAUACACUGAGAAUGAUCAUGAUGAUACAAUCAAAUUUAGAGAAGAAUCUCGUUUAUUAUUUAUGAAGUCAUCUGAGCAUAUUCAUUUUGACAAUGGCGGUGUAUUUUUGAGAAGUCUCAUUGAAGAAAAGAUGUUUUCAAGUCAGAUAGAUGAUUGUGGGUUACAUAAUUAGUAUAAACAAAUUUAAUUUUGUUCAUGUGGAACAUUUCUUUGUUUUUGCAGGUUCAAAAAGUUCAAAUGAAGGUGACAAAAUAUCUUUAGUGGGUAAAAAGACAUUGUAAGUAACAAAUCCUUGAUAUCUAUUUUUAUAAAUUGAACUUAAUAAGUUAAUAAACUAUAAAUGUAUUACAUGUUUAGUAUGUUGGAAUCUGAGUUUAUCAAAGACACUGGUGUUUCUAUUAACAAAAUGAUGGAACAUUCAUCAAAAAUACCAACACCUGUACAUCAACCCGCCACUGAAAUAAAAAAUGGCAAAUUACCCAACGAACAGAAGAUUUCUCAGUUGCCUGUAAAAAAAGAUCGAACAAUAUCACCUGUAUGUCAGUCACAAAGGAGGAAUAAUAAUAAUGAACAUGUGGUAACUCGAACAAACAAUACUGCCAGAAAUGCCAACUCUCGUGGAAAAAGAGUUAGUGUAUCUGUGAUGUCUGGUGUAAAUGUUGACAUUUCAAAAGAUGCAAAUGGAAAUCUCGUAAAGUUUUCAGCAAAAAGACCACAAUCUUGUUAUGUAGAAAGAGAUCAUAUUGUUUUGCCAGAAAAUAAACCUGAGAAAUCAUUAUCUGAUGAAUCACUGAAUACAAAUUCUAAAAGUAAACCAUUAAGUCGUCUUCCAAUAAGGUAUUUGAAAAAAAAAGUUUUAUAGCAUACAUUUUAAAAUUAUAUAAUAUAUUGUAGUGUAUAAAUAAUUAAAAAUUAUGAUUUUUAAAUAUUUAUUUUAUGAUUUCAGAAUAAAUAAUUUCCAUUAGAUUAGAAUUGAAAUCAUUGAUCUUAUGCCAAACUUUAAUAUUUUAUCUGUGAUAAACGUUCAGUAUACGCACCCCAAAAAUAAAUAUAUAUAUAUUAUAUUUUAUAUUAAAAUUUCAAAUUGUAACAUAUUUUUAAUUCAACAUAUCAUAAGUUGAUUUUGUAUAUUUGAAAAUUUAAUUUAUUAUUUAUUUAUUAUUUACCUUUUUACAUUUAUAUGACCAAAAAUUAUUUUUAUUUUCUAACUAUUGCAUUUUGUGGGAAAAGUUCAUUUGACUUGUGUGGAUUUAGACUGAUAUUUUCUCUAGAAUAUAAAUGUCUCAACAAUUAAUUUGAGAUACUAUAUUUUUGUAAACCAAUUGUAAAAUUAGUUUUUUUAUUACAGAUAUUUAUGCAUUUAGACUUUAUGCAUUUAAAAUCCACAGAAAGCGAUUAAAAACUUCACAAGAGCCCCGCAAAUUGUUUCUAUUAAAAACAAAAAUGAGAAAUGAUCCAGAGAAAUUCUCACCUCUCCCCUAUAAUGACUAACCAUUAAAUGCAAUUGUCUAAUACUACAAAACUAUUAACAAAAUGUUUUUUUUCUUAUAAUAUAUACUUACAAAUUCUAUUUAAAAGCUUGUGUUAAUAAUUUGUUUAGUGUUCGAAAAUUGUAUUUUAAAAGUUAGAAGAGGGACUUUUAUAAACAUACUACCUUUUUUGGUUUUUUGAAGUGCAAUUCCAAUUCCUCUUUUGACGUUUUGGAUUGAUUUUUUGUGGAUUUUAAGUACAUAUAGUCCUGAGCCUUAUUUAUAAGUAAUAUAAUAAGACAAUUUUGACAUUUACUUUAAUCUUUUGUUUAAUUAAAUGAAGGCAAAUUAAUUUUAUAUCAUAAUAAAUAUAUUCUUGAAUUUUUUUUUUUUAUCGGUUUAGUUUUAUUAUUGAAAUAAAGUAACCAGAAGUGCAAUUUUAAAAUUAUUAUUUCUUUAUAUACCACUUUUUAAAUGUCUAAGAAAUAAUAUUAUAAAUAAUGGCUGUGAAUUUGUAGGAAAGUUCAUUUGUUUUAAUUUAUUGUAUAAUGUAUUUUUAUUAAAAAUUAUGUAACAACAAAUUUAAUUGUUUAGGUAAUUUUCCCACAUUAAAAAAUAUUUCACUUUUAUUUUCCUUUUAGUGGUAUUUUCCGUUUUUAUUUCAUUUUACAUUAUUGUUAUAUUUUUUUAAAUAAAUUACAUAUUUCAUAAUUUAUGCAGGCUUUGUAUACUUAUAUUUUAUACGUGUAUUUUAAAAUAUUGUACACAAGCUGUAUACAAGUAUGUAUGUACAUUUGUCAUGUAAGCUAAUAACGGUUUUUAAUUAUCAUAUCAGUAAUGAAAAUCCAGAGUCUAUAAAUGAUAGGGUUAUUUUUGAGAUUUUAAAUGUGUUUUAUAAGGUUUUUACAGUUUCUCAAAUUCAUAGCCCUAAUAAUAAUUAAUUAUAACUAGAAACCCAAUUUGUAAUAAUUAGUAUUUACCUUAUUUUUCAUUUCAAUCACUUUUUUUUGUUUAAAAAUACAAUUUUACUUUUUAGAGGGUAUAAACUAUUAAAAUUUUAAAGCAGUUGUAAACAAAAGCAAUUAAUAUGAUGUGUAUUUGUUUAAAAUCAAAGACUUAGACUUAUAUUUACGAAUUAGGUACUUAGUAUUAUUAAUACUUUUCAAUAAUCCUCCAGAUAUUGUCAUCUGGUAAACUAAAUCUAAUCUAAUCAGUAUUAAUCAUUAUUAUUCCAAUAGCAUUACGCAUUUGAACUAUUCCCACUAAAUUUAUGUAACUUAAGACAAAUGUUUCAUACAGAUAUAAGUUAUUUUUAGUAUUAAUACAUGGUUUUAUUAUAAGAGUGUUUAAAUUAAUAUGGUCUGUAAUCAAAUGUUUGUAGUUAUUAUUAUUUAUUUAUAUUUUUUUUUUUGUCAAAAUCAUGACUUGUUAGUAUUAAUAGAGUUUAAGAAAAUGUUAUUAUGUUGAUUAAAAAAAUAAA